AUGUCAACUGUCAAGGAGCAGCUUAUUGAGAAUCUAAUUGAAGAAGAUAAAGUCUCCCAGAGUAAGAUCACCAUUGUUGGAACUGGUGCUGUAGGCAUGGCUUGUGCUGUUUGUAUCUUAUUGAAGGAUUUGGCUGAUGAGCUUGCCCUUGUGGAUGUUGCAGUGGACAGACUGAAGGGAGGAACAAUGGAUCUUCAGCACGGCAGUCUUUUCUUUAAUACUUCAAAGUUUGUUUCUGGAAAAGAUUACAGUAUAUCUGCAAAUUCCAAAUUAGUUAUUGUCACAGCAGGUGCACAGCAGCAGGAAGGAGAAAGUCGCCUUGACCUGGUCCAACGUAAUGUGAAUAUCAUGAAAUCAAUCAUUCCUGCCAUAGUCCAAAAUAGUCCUGACUGUAAGGUGCUUAUUGUUUCAAAUCCAGGUGAUGGGUAUCUUAACUUUGUAGCAUGGAAGUUAACAGGAUUUCCCCAAAACGUGGUUAUUGGGAGUGGCUGUAAUCUGGCCACUGCCCCUUUCCAUUUCUUGACUGGGCAGAGGCUUGGUGUCCACUCUGAAAGCUGUCAUGUUUUCCUUUUAGAGCACAGAGACUCAAGUGUUCCUGUGUGGAGUGGAGUGAACAUUGCUGUGGUCUCUCCAAAGGUUCUGAACUCAGAUAAAGGAACUGAUAAAGACCUGAGCAGAAGGAAAAUGUCCGCAAAGUAGUGGUUGCCAGUGGCUGUGAGGUGAUUAAAAAGAAAUGGGGUGUUGCCCUACCUGUGUUGAUUUAACAGAAAGUAUUCUGAAGAAUCUUAGGAGUGCAUCCAGUUUCCACCAUGAGUAAGGUCAGUGUCUCUAAAACACGUUCCGAAACCCUGGAAAGCAGAGCAAGGAAGACAUACCUUCAGGAAGACGUCCAGGUCUAUUACUCCCCGCCUCAAGGCUUCUCCCAAGUAAAAGAUAGUGUCUUCAAUAGCAUUUUCCUCUGCAUACAGAUUUAGGAUCUGUUUGUAUAGUGGGGCUGUGGGAAUGAUAACUUCAUCAAUAUCAUUGUUUUCAGAUUGAUUUUCCAUUUUCUCCAGAGCAGAACUGAGUUCUUCAUCCUUCUUUCUCAAAAGUUCUAUGUUUUUAUCAAC